AUGGCAACAGAACCCGCAGAACAUGAGAUAACACUGGAUCCCAAGGAGCCUGUGGGCUCAAAUACAGCACUACUGACUCUUCCCGAGAGCACAGUCCCUCCACCAGAGCAGUGUGUCAUCUGCUUAGACCACAUCUCUGACAAAGCCAUUGCUCUACCCUGCCACCACGACCAGUUUGAUUUUACAUGCUUGGGAACAUGGCUGCAGCGGCAGCAGGUUUGUCCACUGUGCAAGUGUCAAGUCACAGCGAUUAGAUUCAACAUCCGCGACGGCGAUGAACAGAGGGGUCAAGUCUUCCAUCUCCCACCCGAAAGUCCCCCAGACGGUCGAAGCACGAAUCGUUUUCAUGCCGCUUCCGCCGCUCGACAACGACGAUUCAGACAAGGUCGGGCAUAUGCAAGAGGAGGGCACUACCAUACUGCACGAGCAGCACGUCCCGCAGCGUCGAAGGAUAGCGCGCUAGACUUUCGCAAACAGGUGUACCGUCAGAGACUCUACUCUCUCCACGUUGGCACAAAUCGCAUCUCGCGAUACCGGAAUCUUACGCCCGCGUCUUUCGCAACAGAUGAGCGUCUGAAUUCCCGAGCCCGCAUGUGGAUCAGGCGUGAACUUCAAGUAUUCGGUUUCCUCAAUCCUGACGACCCCCAAUCUUCGCGUCCCGGAUCCACCGACCGCCGCGCCAGUAAUGCGGACUUCUUGCUGGAAUACGUCAUUGGAAUAUUGAAGUCGAUUGACCUCAAAGGCAGUGCUGGGCAAGCAGAGGAAUUACUGAAAGAUUUUCUGGGCCGUGACAACGCUCGACUGUUCUUGCAUGAGUUGGAGGCUUGGCUGCGAAGUCCUUAUGAGCGUCUCGCAGACUGGGACCGGGCAGUCCAGUACGCGAUGCCGUCAGGGCUAGAUACUCAGGAUUCUGGGUCGAGUCAUGGCCGAAGUGACAAUAUUUCCUGUCUCCCUACGACCGGGGCAAAACCACGCGACAGUGAAGGGAGCGUGCCUCGAUGGUUCUCAGAGAGAUUUGUGCUCAGACACGACGGGGUACGGACGAGACCAACUUGA